AAUCGGUCGCUGUAUCUUCUUCCAGUUUUCACUAACUUUUCGAUUUGAAUACAAAUAUUAUUUGAGGAAGUGAGGCCGGCCAUUGUUUAUAAACUGAAUCGGAAUCUUAAUCUCAAUUUGUAUCUGAAUCUUAAUCUAACAGAUCCGCAUGCCUUUUCUGUGUGUGUUUGUUUUAGAUAUAGUGAAAAGUGUCACCUCAAGUUACUGUAUGCAUGUCAUGAUCUUGGCUUAAAGCCGGCACCUUGAUGACGCAUUCCUUAGCCAGCAAAGAUCCAACACAUAAACAGCAGCAGCAGCAACAACAACAGCCGUCGCUUACCUGUAUUUGUAUCUGUAUCUGCUUGAGUAUCUGUGUUUUUGUGUGAGCAAAAGAUGCUCGUGAAAACGCUUGGCGCGCAUUUUUUAGCAACUAAAUGCAGCUGCUUCUCCGCUCUGCUGAUUCCCCUGCUCCCGCUCCUGUUGCUGCUCCUCGCUCACCCAUUACGGGUAACGGGUCAUGUCAGUACCAGUGCAGUAUCUCCAGGAACUGGAGCCGAUCCCCACCUGGUGCUGGUCAACAAAUGCUGCGAGAAGUUCGAGAUACACGUGGACAGCGAGUGCCAGUACGUCAACGAGACGGACUAUUUCCAGCCGAUGUUCACCAGCUAUGGUGGAGAGCAGAACAGGCACGUCAGCUUCAAGUUCGUCAUUGGCAUUCCCAACUGUGGAUCAAUGCAGAUGUGGCCCAUAUACCAUUACAUGGGGAGCUCCGAUAAGUUGGUUUUACUGGAGGAUGGCAAGCUAAGGCAUUACACCAAUGCCGAAGAUGAGGCCGAGGAACGUCAUGGAAUACAAUCGGAUUACGAGGAGGACAUUGCUGGCGCUCUGGAACCCCGUUAUCACGACUACGAUCAUGGAUUGUACUGCAUCGAUAAGGGCACCUCCAGUACUGGCGAAAAAGACGUACUCUUUGCCAAGAUCUGUCUGGCCCGCAAGGAGAUCAAGUGGAGUGAUUCAAACUUUCUCCUACGCAAGAUCCUCAAUCCCAUCUUUCAUGGAAUCUCACUCAUUAUAUUGCUGAUCAUUGCCAUUAUCUACUUUAUACUUCCGACGCUCAGCAGAGAUCUGGUGGGCAACAUUGUGACGACGAUAGCCAUGUGUCUGAUGGUCAGCCAGGCGGCGGAUCUAGUCCGUAUUUUUACCGAGCUAACAAGCCACGUAAGCUUCAUUGUGGCGGACAUAAUCCUGUGCUUCAGUCUGCUGGCGGCCUUCUUUUGGCUCAACAGCUUCGGCUACUACAUCUGGAAGACCUUCCGAUCAAGGAACGUUUUCCUUCGAGUGACAGACGGCAGGAAGUAUUGCUAUUACUCGGCCUACGCCUGGGGAUGUACGGCUACGAUGGCAGGUCUAGCAGUCUUUGCGCACUUUUUCCUGGACGCCGAGUCGUACAAAAAGGAGCGGAUGGUUGGCGAGCAAGAGACGAUCGGCAUGCUGGGCAUCUGCAUAUUCUUUGCCCCCAUUGCGUGCACUAUUUUGGUGAACAUAUUCUUCUUUAUGACCACCAGGAAUCUGAUUAACAGAAGGACUGUAUACGGUCGCAUUGCCCACAAGCUGAAAGCGAACUUCAUCAUGUUCUCUCUGAUGUUUUUGGUUAUGUCAAUCGCUUGGCUGUUUCUAAUCAUGUCCUGGCUGCAGUUGGAGGGUCUAUUAUAUGCCCACAUCGUGGUCAAUGCCCUGCAGACACCGCUGCUACUAUACAUCUGCGUGCUGCGCCAACGACACGUGACUUUUUUGCUAAAGAAGUCCUGCUGCUACAAUGAGCCGCCUUCAACGAAUGACUGGGGGGACGAGAUGCACUACAUGAACGGCAACGACUAUUAAGGCGAGUCGCCGCCAAUGUCCACCGUCCACACUAAUCUAAGUGUUUUGUAGUUUAGCAAUGUUCAACAUUGAGAUUUGUACUUAAAUUUAACUAAUUUAUGCUCUACCAGAUAGUAAUUAAAACAUUAAAAGUCUGACACUUA